CAUACCGAUUGGCAAGAGACCGGCAAGUGCACGGUAACACCUAUCUUGGAUGGAGCCGAGUACCAGCGGAUGAGAACGACAGGGACGGUUAAACAUCAGUUGCUAUUUUAUAAGGGUUGGGCAUUUGAGCGUCCCUGUGGUCUGAACAAGUGCCCGGUUUCUGACAAAAGCUGGCAUCUGCUGCUAGGCUGGCCGUUGCCCGCAGGCAGGAGGACGCAGCCACGAAGGUCCCACGCAGCCCUGCCUGGGACGCCGCUAUUUCAACGCUGGCCUAGGGAACCUUCACUGGCGCUGCAGCGGCCGCCGGGCUCUCCCUGCUCACCGAGCGCAGGGGGGGCGCGCACGACUCCCCCACCUUCCCGCUGAAGUGCGCCGAGGCGCGGUACCGGCGAGCAGCCCGGCCUUCCCGCCGGCCCCGCGGCUGCCCUGAGCGGGGGCGGCGGGACCGCGACCCAUUGCGGACGCUGCCGCGGGGGGGGGGAAGCCCAGACGUUCUUCCUCCGGCCCAGCGGCCUCCGCUCCAUGGCCGGAAGAGGAAGCCAGCCAUCACGCGAACGGAACUACGGAGGCCGAAAUGAGCCCACCACGCUACCGGGACCUGCCGCCGCACGUCAGCACGCAGGAGGACGGCUGCUGUUGCUAAGUGACGUCAGCGCGCCGGUUGACGUAGUGACGGCUGCGGGGCAGGGGGUGGAGGCCUUGUUGUCGGUGGGGCUGGAAAUGGUACAAUUGUUGCUGUGCAGCUGGAUGUUGCUGAAUAGCGUUUCUAUGAGCUUGCUGUUCAAUCUCUCUGCUGUUCAGAAUGGCAAAGAACCCUAAUUUUCAGGAAGUUGGUCAUCUGCCUACAGGCUACGUCCACUCUAGAUCUUCAGACAGCUUUACUGGCUAUCAAUAUCACCAUCCCUCCAAGAUGAGUAACAGCCAUCCCCUUCGUCCGUACACAGCUGUGGGUGAGAUUGACCAUGUUCAUAUUCUGUCAGAGCAUAUUGGUGCUCUAAUGAAUGGGGAAGAAUAUAGUGACGUUACUUUUAUUGUAGAAAAGAAACGUUUUCCAGCACACAGAGUGAUCCUGGCUGCGAGGUGCCAUUAUUUCAGAGCAUUAUUAUAUGGUGGAAUGAGAGAAUCUCAGCCUGAAGCAGAAAUUCCUCUUCAGGACACCACUGCAGAAGCAUUUACCAUGCUGUUGAAAUAUAUUUACACUGGUCGUGCUACACUACGAGAUGAAAAAGAGGAGGUUCUCCUCGACUUCCUAAGCCUAGCACAUAAAUAUGGGUUCCCAGAACUGGAGGAUUCCACAUCUGAGUAUCUUUGCACAAUACUUAAUAUUCAGAAUGUCUGUAUGACAUUUGAUGUUGCCAGUCUCUAUUCUCUUCCCAAAUUAACUUGUAUGUGCUGUAUGUUCAUGGAUAGAAAUGCCCAAGAGGUGCUCUCCAGCGAAGGCUUCCUGUCGCUUUCUAAGGCUGCUCUUCUAAGUAUUGUACUGAGGGACUCAUUUGCAGCUCCUGAGAAGGACAUUUUCCAAGCUUUGAUGAAUUGGUGUAAGCAUAACCCCAAGGAAAACCACGCUGAAAUCAUGCAAGCAGUACGUUUGCCACUAAUGAGUCUAACAGAACUACUAAAUGUUGUAAGACCUUCUGGAUUGUUGUCACCUGAUGCCAUCCUAGAUGCCAUUAAGAUUCGUUCUGAGAGUCGGGACAUGGACCUCAACUACAGGGGCAUGUUAAUACCAGGGGAAAACAUUGCAACAAUGAAGUACGGAGCACAGGUGGUAAAAGGGGAGCUGAAGUCUGCUUUAUUAGAUGGGGAUACUCAGAACUAUGACUUGGAUCAUGGCUUCUCUCGACACCCAAUCGAUGAUGACUGCCGUUCUGGAAUUGAAAUUAAACUAGGCCAGCCAUCAAUAAUCAACCACAUCCGAAUACUGCUGUGGGACAGAGAUAGUCGGUCUUAUUCCUACUACAUUGAGGUGUCCAUGGAUGAGUUAGACUGGAUUCGGGUUAUCGAUCACUCUAAAUACCUCUGUCGGUCCUGGCAGAACCUGUAUUUUCCUGCCCGUGUCUGCAGGUAUAUUCGAAUUGUUGGGACCCACAACACAGUGAACAAAGUUUUCCAUAUUGUGGCAUUUGAAUGCAUGUUCACCAACAAAACCUUUACUCUUGAGAAAGGUCUGAUAGUUCCCACUGAAAACGUUGCAACAAUUGCAGACUGUGCCAGUGUGAUUGAGGGUGUAAGUCGCAGUCGCAAUGCCUUAUUGAAUGGAGACACAAAAAACUACGAUUGGGAUUCUGGUUACACGUGCCAUCAGCUUGGGAGCGGAGCUAUUGUGGUACAGCUAGCACAGCCCUACAUGAUUGGAUCAAUACGGUUGCUACUUUGGGACUGUGAUGAUCGGAGCUACAGCUACUACAUUGAGGUUUCAACGAAUCAGCAGCAGUGGACUAUGGUGGCUGAUCGCACAAAAAUUUCCUGCAAAUCCUGGCAAACAAUCACUUUUGAUAAACAGCCUGCAUCUUUUAUCAGAAUAGUUGGAACUCACAACACAGCUAAUGAGGCACUUCAAGAACAAGUAGAAGUAAGAGUGUUUCACUGCGUGCAUUUUGAGUGCCCAGCCCAAAACAGUACCCACAAGGAUGAGAGUAGUAGCAAGGAAGUGGCAACAGCAGAGGUGGGGACUGGUGGACAACAGCUGGUUUCUCGCCCUGUUCGAGCUGCAAGUACUAGUUCCCUGCAUUCCCCUCCUGGAUCCACCUCGCGUUCACAUGCUCACCAGCCCUAAAGGAGAUUGACAGGGAGCUUUUGCAGCCCUGCUGACAUUAUAUGAAAUUAUUCAGAACCUUCUUGUGCUGGCACCUUUUCUUUCUUUUUCUCUGUGAACAAAGGGGACCAUGUCUGAAAGCUGGAAAUGCUGAAAUGGAAAAGGCUUUUCCCAAGGACAUGAAGAGACUGCUUCACUCUCCUCAAUUUGUUCAAAUUAGGCUGGUCUCCGAGGGGGGAGAAAAUAGGUCUUCAAUCUUCAUCAAGUACCCCAUUAACACCCUACCUCUCUAAUCUAACCAAGGCAAGGAGAACAGAAGGAAAUAAAAGGCAGAGCUACAGUGGAAAUCUAAAAUGACUCGAGCAGAAUGGAAGGCAUAUGAAAUAAGUAUUUGUUCCCUGAAGGCUUCCAUUAGCAAAGAAAAUGUUUAUGGAACACAUCAGUCCAGAAUAUAUGUUAUUUUUAAAAGUUAUUCUUCAUUCAUAUUCCUUUGUAACUAGUAAUCUGUUUUCUAAAUUCUUUUGACUCUGUAUUCCACUUUAUGUCUCAUUUUUGGCUGUAGCAAAUACUGUGCAGUAAAUUAAGGAAGUCUCAAACACGUUUACCUGCUGAGAUGCAAAUUCCCUCAUUCAUCAGUGGCAUGACAAAAAAAGCCUUCAUGAUAUCAACAAACUAAUUAAUGGAUGUUAUAUUAGUCUUGACCUUAGUUGACUUUUCAAAGUACAAAAUUAUUAUUUCUUACACUCAAAAGUAAAUUCCUAAAUCAAGCAUCCAUCUUGAAGAAAAACAUAUUUUUUCACUCCUGAAGAUGAUUACUUAAAUUUUACCUGUAUUUCUAAGAAAACUUGCAACAGAUCAUCAAAAAUGUUUGGCUUUAGAAAAGCGGAACUGCAUCUGGUCGCUGACAAGCAGUUGUUCAGAGUACAAAAAGAAGAAUUUUUGGAUACUUUUUUUUUUUUCUUCCCCCCAAGAAACAAACAUUUUACAGUCUGGAGCUAAAAAUUCAAAGACUGUGUGUGCGUAAACUUUUCUCAUAAUCUUCAUAAAAUAUGAUGCUUUUACACUGUUUUGUAAAAGAUCUGGCGCUUACUUUACAAUCACAGAAUUUGUUAUCCAUCUAUGUUUGUCUGGGUUACAUUGCCUGCUACUUUGCUUAUUCUCAGUUCCCACACUGAUGAUGAUGCAGUCUCUUACUCUCCAGAUCUAUGUGACUUUCAGGAAGAGCUCCAUGUUGGUCUUUCAGUAUGGGAUAAAGUGAUUUUGUAUGAAGACAAACACUGAUGUAAUUGGCAAAAUUGAUUAGGAGGGUUGUUACUCCUCACAAAGUAUAUUAUAUUGGAAAUGUCAGCUAUCCAGUUUUAUGAACUUGGAAUUUUCUGUGGUGACAGAUAGCCUUGUCAGAAGAAAACAAAGCUAGCGUAGGAUAAAUACGGUUUUCCUUUGCAUAACCAUAGUGAUAAAAUGAGUUAUAUCAACAUAGCAAAUAGUACGUUAAUUUAUCACACUACUUAAUUUGAAAGAAUUUCCCUGUUGGAUACUGGUUGUGCUAAAAACAGGAAGAAAUAUAACAAGGGGUGGCAAUGAAUCAGUAGAAACUUUGGAGGAGAAAAGCUUCCUUUUUUCAAAUAAAAUUGAUUAGGGUUUGUCAACAACAUUACAGUAUUUUUCCAUUGCCAAAUUGCAGUUGAGUUCUGACAUUUGCAUCCAGCCCCCUCCCUUGCACCGCUGCUUGUGCAAGUCUGUGGGUGAAGAUGCACGCCCAUUGCGUUAUAUCCAGCUUACGACACGUGCCACGGCUGCCUCACACGGUCUGGAGUUCUGAGGCAGGACGCUGCUCGUGCCGGGCAGCACCGCGCCGAGGCCGGGGCGCUGGUUGCCUUAGGGCUUUUAACAGCCUUUGGAGAAUGAAAGAAUUGAGACCAGCGACUGGGGACACAACUCUCUUGUUUAAGUCUACGUCCAAAGAGUUAGAUUUUUUUUUUUUUUCCCUUUUAAAAGUAAAAUCAGAAAACUUUUCUAUUCUGGUUGUAAUCCAUGCUGGAACUACUGAGCUGCAUGGAGCAUGUCUUGUCUUUGGUAGGUAAGUCCCUCUGUGUCAGUGGUGGUAUUUCUUUGCAAUUUGAUCAAACGAGUUUGCUUUUCUCAAGCUGUGGAAAAGCAAAGUGCGUAACUUCCUAACCGUUAGUCUUUAGUAUUCCUCUUUGUAGAGAACGUUUAAAAAAAAGUUUGUGCCAGCUAUUCUGAGUUGAGGCUCUCAGAGAAAGCACAGGAUUUUCAGUUUGUAAUCUUUGUGCACAAUUAAUUUUCAUGAUACAAAUAAGUCUUAUAGACUGUAAUCUACUGCAGAUCUUUUUUAUUUUGUCCUAUGACUCACUGUUGAGCAAAAAUGUCUAUUUAUUUCCCAUGACAUUUGCUCUCUGCCAAGUAUCUGAAAGAGCAGAUCUGAGAGAUUCCCAAAGCAAAAAGUACCAGGCCCUGUAGACCUCCCAGUUCUCCACCCCAAAAUAUCAAUCAAAACAAAAAACAACUUUGCAUUGUCCCUUCAUACAGGUGAAUAAAAAUUUUUAGUGUUAGACUGAUUCUUAGUCAGACCUGGCCUUUCUCACAGUCUUUAUUUUCUUCUGUCAGAGGUACUCUUGGCACCUUGUCACUGAGGUGAGUCCAACGUGAUCACAGAGCUCCCAGGCUUUUAACACAAGCCCGGCCACAACUUCACAUAUUCUAGUGGGAAUCCUUUACAGUUUUAUUCAAAGAAAUAAUGUUGAAAUGUUUAAGGGACCUGAACUCUGCUUGGUCUUCUAACACCACCCACCAGCAAACACCUCUGUUAGCUGUAUUGCCUAGUAUGGGUCUCUGUCUUAAACAUUGGGUCAGCAACAUAUUACUAGUGACAAAGGAAGAUCUCGCACAAAACUGAUUUGUGGUUUGGUGUGAAUAUUCCCAUUCUGUCUAAUUAUUGUCUGUACUUACUGACUCCCAAUUUCAGAUGUAGUUCUUGUAUAUUCUUUUUUCUUUUUUUUUCUUUUUUUCUUUUUUUUUUUUUUUUGCCUUUCAGUGGAAAUAAGUUGGGCUGUUAUGGCUUUAGCAUCAGGGCAUUUAUACUAUCAGGGUUUAACAGAGUGAUGAAAUACUGUAAUUAUUCAGGACUGUGUUAUCACGUACUCAUAUUUUAUUUGCAACAGAGGUAGAGCAGAACCAACCAGGUAUUCAUUGCUUUCUUGUCAGAAACUAUAAAAUAAACCUGCGUUUUGAUUUCUGUGUAAUGGAACUAACUAUACUGUCACUAUUGAGCCAUUAUUUGUUUAGUACUUUAGUUAUGGUAAUUACUAUCUUUAAAUUCCCCAGGCCUCAUGUUCUCAGUUUUUCUUCCAUAGGUUGAAUUCAGGCUUAGGCCUGACUCAUAUGGAGCUCAACAACGCUCUUUCUAAAAUGCAUUUAAAAGAUGUUUAUUCACAGAAAUGUACAGCUAUAUAUCAACUCCUUAAAACAGAUUUAUCUGGGAACAUUAUUUUCUGAAGUGAGCAAAAAUAAUGCAGCUGCGUUUUCAAGCCAUUGCCAAUCAUCUCUAAAACAAGUUCAGAUGGCAUGUUAAAUGGAAUCACAAUGGAGAAGUUAAUCCAAGUCUAAUGUAAAAGACAAUACAGAGGAGGAGUCACCAAUUUUGUUCGAGAAGGAACUGUUCUUCAUUGCAGUUUGCUUCCUUUAGAGCUCCACGUCUCUUUUUUCCCCCCAUGAAAAUGAGUUGUUCUUGUUUAUUAUGGCAACUCAUGAAAGACCUCAGUGCUUCUCUGCAUUGCUGAAAAAUUCAAAUUAAUUUAAUGCAUCUUCAUCUUUACUAGUAAUAACAUCAAAUUAGAGACUUUAGUUUAGUAUCUGAUUUGAUGAGAGUUGGUUUCCAUGAAAGCAAGCAAAAGAUGUCUAUAAUUAUUCCAUUCAAAGUAAAUUAAGUUUUCCAACCAAAUGCAUGAGAGCAUCUACUCAUUAUUCAGCGAUGUUUUGUGCAUCUAGAGUCACCACGAAGAUUAGAAGACAAAGUUAAUGCCAUUUUUGUCUGAUUGUUGUGCAUUAAUAGUUCUGGUUAUACAGUGACGCCCACUCAGAGACACUCGAUAAGGAAUUGGAAUUUAGAUGUGAUUUCACAGAAAGUAGACAUGCUAUACAUUGCUUUUUCUCUAUGAAGGUAUUGAUUGGCUUACAUUUUGACAGAUGUUAAUAUACCAUCAAACGGGCAAGUGAACACAUUGGUAAUUUUGUUGUGGCUGAAGUAGUGAGCAAUCAAUCAGAGCCAGUAAGAGUUCAUGUAUUUAAGAGUAAACAUUUAGGCUUGUAGGUCAGGAUAUCAGUUGCCAGAGGACAAACCAUGCAUCAAAAAUAAUAAUUUGUAGAUCCCAGAGGAUGCCUGAGGCCUGGUUCCCAUCUCCAACUCUCAGUUAAUGGUGUAUUUAGAUUAGAACCCUUAGUUCUCUCUGAACUGAUUGUUGUUGUUGUCAGUUGUACUGGUUAACUCAGAUGUAGAAGCUCCACAAAGCUUUGUUCAGGAUACAGAAACAAAAGUCCUGGGUCAAUUUUUAGGAGUACCUAAAUAGUCACAUAUAUAUAUAUAAAAAUAUAUUCAAUUGAGCUAGUAGCUAAUUAUUUAGCUUGAAUUUAGAACAGGUUCUAAAGCUCUAAAAAAAAAAAAAAAUUAAAAAAAAAAAUUCUGUGAAAUGCUACCAUUGUGGUAUGGCAGGAUGCUGGCUCUAUUUUAUGGUUGCUUAAAAAGUGCAAGUAUCUAAACAAGGUAUGGGGGAGCAGGUCCAAAGCUGGCUUUGCCCAGUUGUUAAGUAUUGGUCAUUUGGCUGUAGGGAAGUGUAUAAAAUAGAGCAAACUAUAUGCUCAUCUCAGACAAGGGAGCAGGCCAAACACCACACCUAUAUUCCUCCUAGCGACCUCGUAUGCUCUGCCUUGCAGUGUUUACAGAGUAAGCCUUCAUAUGACUUUUGUUAACUGCUCAAAAAAAUCCUGCAGAUUUUUCUUUGGCCCAUCGCAAGCUUUUAUUACAAAUAUUUGGCUGAGGUAAUGUCGAAGUCCUGCUCAUGUUCCAUGAUAGCAUCUGGAUCUGGGCUUGAUUUUGAAAAUGCAUACUAUAAAAAUGCAUACUACUAAAAUAGAUUUUAGAUCACCCUGCAACUUUUCUUAGAUAAAGAAAGGCCAAAUUAACAGCUGCAGUACAAUAUGAAGAAACUGCAGGUAUCUGCCAUUUAGCAAUAGAUUGAGUGCCAGCGCAACUACAUAUCAAUUUUGUAAUGCUGUGUAUGUUUAAUUACUAUGAUAUAUACAAGUGGUGGAAGUGAAGAAUCAGCUCUGCACUUAAGUAAUAACACGCUUGUGGCAUUAGACAUCCGCAAAUUAUUUCUUUUUCUAUUCCUUCCAGCCUAAUAGAAUAUACAACCCAGUGCUGGGGGCGGGGAGGAAGGGUAAUUGGUUCAUUACCUAAACGUCAUGGGAAUUGAAAUUCAGGUUAUUUUGGCUAAAAAUCUGAAUGAGUGAUGACUUCACCUGGCAGAGGUGUAAACAUGCCUCUCCGGUGCCUCCUGCUACUUUAGGUCCUGGGCUGUCAUAGAGGAGGAGAACUGCACUGUUGGUGCAAUGUAAGUACUUUUCCUCAUUUGAACUUUUACUCAUCUAUUUCAUUUUUAGCAUCUUGACACAUUCUUUCUUUUUGUGCUGAUCCUCAUCCCUCAGUUAAAAGAAGGUAACUUCAUUUCUCAUGAUUUUUCAGAAUUAUCCAGUGACUCCCGAAAACUGGCAGAUACAUCAAUCCCUCAGUCUGUAUUGUCUGAGGAAUUUACAAAACUGACCUGUAUGCUCUAUUACAGCAAAUGCUGUGUGUCCAAAAAGUACCAGGUGACUCCUGAAACAUGGAGUAAGUCGGGCUGUAUUACUUACUGUUUGGAUGAGGGUUUGUGCAUCUAAAACUAUGUGCCAUGUCGCCCAAGUGAAUAGUAGUUAUUGCAGCUUCUUUCUACAGAGGAAGCAGGGAACUUGCACACCGACCAGAAAUCCCUCUUUUCCUUCAUAUCAUUUUUGGUCUACAUCACCUUAUCUGUUGUCUCUGUACUCCUGAGCGAUCAUCACUAGGUGAUUUAUGUUUAAUACCUAGAACCCAAUAAAUGUGUUUAACAACAGAUGUAAAGAGGUUUUUAUCUUCACAGAAAAAAAAAUGAGAUUGUGCUUUGGAAACAUAGUCAGGCCCCAGAAUUGUUUUUUGGCAUCUUCUGUAGCCGUCCGUUGGGGUUUUUAGUUAUUUUCAGCUGCUAAAUGAUGGUAGAAUUCUUCACAGUAACUUCUCAUGGAGAUUGUCCCGUGGAGAAACAGCUUUUGAAACAAUCACAGUGGGUUCAUUGCUGGAGAACAGGGGCAGGUUUCUUCGGCUUUCUAUAGGCCAGGAUCCUGUUUGGGUAGUUCUGCGAGUUUGUUUAUGCAUUUUUAAUAAAAAGGGCAUCGGUGUUGUAUGAUUUGGAUCUAUUUCAGGAAUGAUGUAACUUAGUCAUUUUGAGAGGUAAAUAACUUUGAGUGAAUGCUUUUAUGCAAUAAUACAAAGUUCACGGGGCUUAGAUGAUUAGAUUAGAAACGUAUCGCUUAUGGCAAGAGCUGGAGUUGGAAGGAGCACUUUGGGGGAGGGACUGGGACGGAUUUACAUGUGUGCCUCUCUGCAUAUGUAGCUAAGAAAAUGUAUGUGUUACCCAAGUUGAAGUGACUGUUUGCAAAGAUGUGUUUCUACAUGGCCUUUUUUUUUUUCUUAAUGUAGGGAAUUUUGUUAAGGAAUCUGGCACUCGUCCGAAUGUGAGCACUGAAAAAAAAAAAAAAAAGAGAAUGUAGGGAGCAAGGCUUUAGCAGUUUUUAUGGGAAGAGCAACACGAAGAUAUGAUUCUUGUGGUCUGAGCUAGUUCUAUUUGUUACUCCUUUUCUUUUUAUCCCUACCGAGCAUCAUAUGACUGUUGCUGUGGUGUUCCCUGGAACUUUCCUCCAAACUGUGAUAUAUUAAGGAUUUUUUAAAAUGUAUUUAUUUUUACCUCUUUGUCAUAUGCUGAAUAGAAUAUCCUGGUCCCAGUUCAUUCACAUCAGACUUGAAGGGCAGCUACCACUAGGCUGUCAAGUGCUAGCGAGCAAAAUUUAGAUUUGGCUGUCUAUGGAUAUGGGAAAUACAAGAGCUUGGUACUUCCGUAAUCUGUUUGCACUCUGUUUGUUACCCUUAAGAGAAAAAUCACUAAGAGGUUUUCUGUUGACUUAAGCUUGCACAGAGCCUGACCUACUAAUCUAAGUUAAGUAUAAAUACAAAUUUAAGUAUUUCUCUCUCACCGUGAUGCUCAGAUAUAUGCUCCCUUUGUUAGUUGUGCAUUGCUCAUUGUGUUAGUUGUACAUAAGUGUUGUUUUCUAAAUAAACUGCAUCAUCAAAAGUGAACCUUGAAAGAAUUUGUAACUUUUCAGCGUUCCUGUGGGAAGGUAUUUCAGCUGUCUGGAGAUUCAGACAUCACACUGAGCACAUGGAUUCAUUUUGAGAAGUAUACAUUACUUCACAAUUCUGUGCCCAUGUCUAUUAACCUUGUCCAAUAUCUUGUAAAAUUUUCUCUCUGCUUUGUUCAAUUUCAUUAUCAUCAUCGGUUUUCCUUCUGGAGGGAAUGUUAAUGUUGUUCCUUCAAAGAUCAUAAAUUAAAUAUAAGGAGCCAGGCUAAACAGAAGUUCAUCUUUUAAUGCACUUUUUCACUCAUUUCUGUCAGAGCUCCUCUUUCUUGACAGACAGUAGCUUAAAACUAUACGGUUACAUUUCCCUUCUCUGUAGCAGUUACCAUUGGAGCGUCAAGGUUAGGUGCAUUAAAUCCCUUCUUUCUCCCAUUUACUAAACGUAGAGUGGUUCUAAACUACCUCAGACCUUGUCGUGAACAGGUACAAGUUUCAGCUAAAGUGAAUGCUUUAUCAUAGUCUUUGAAUGUUCUUUAAGUGCAUGUAUAUGUAGCGAAAUCAGCCUGCCAGCCCCUGAUUGCGUUUUCAGGAAUACUGUCUCUGGAGUAAGACAGGUAACUGGGAUGAAUUCACAGCCACAGCCACUCAGGCUCGUACCGGUACCUCUUUCAGGAAAAACGUUUCAGGAGCGCAAUUUCUGAUAUGGGAGGUGCUUCGACUUUCUGGUCUCAGCUCUUUGAAGGAACGUGACCUUGCCUGCACUGGACUACUUUCACCUCUCCUUUACUGUGACAACCGUCAUAAAAAUUGCAUCGUCAGACCUCCAUUCGUGGCCGUUAGCAGGAGCUGUGCUAUUGCAUUGGACUGUGCUCAUCAUAUGAGAAUAAACCCCACAUGGCACGUUCCGAUGACCUUGCCAAUGUUUUAUACUGCAAGGGAUGCGCAUUGCCAACCAUUUGGGCUAAUUAGGUUUGAGGUAAAAUGAUGGUUGCAGAUUGUGCUGCAGUGAUGCAAUCAAUAACUUUGGGAGUUGUCUGGUUUUGUAAGUUAUCCAUCGAACAACCCGGCAAACCUUGUUAGUACUGAUUUCCUUUUCACCAGCAGACGCACGCAUCAUCAGACAAGCAUUUUGUAACAUGGAGUUUUCUAUGAGCGUCUAAAAAAAGAAGCAUCACAAUUAUAUAUAACAAUGUGUGUAUUUGUAAUGAAAGCUAUAGAAGUAUUAAGCUGCUAUAAGCUAUUCCGUGCAUGCUCUAGCAUUGUAGUAACAGUUUGUAUUAACAGCUGUUAAGCAGAGGGUUCUGGAGAGCAAGGAAGGCUGGCUCUGGAUUUCUUUUUUAAGAGUUUCAAAGAACAGCAGAACUCGCCAGAGUGGAUGAAGGACCAGACAAUGCUCAAAGCAAAUCAUAAAGUGAAACUGUUGUGCUUUCUAUUUAUUUGUUUGGGGAUUUUCCUUUAAAGUAUUUAACUUCACAGGAAAAUAUAGAAUAUAUUUAAAAUAGUGACGAUUAGAAAUGCACCUUUUCAAGAACAAGAGGGGUGUGAUUUGAGAAAUAAAGUGAUCUUUUGUGCUUAA